AUGCCUCCUCGAGUCAACAUCACAAGCGACAUUCGCGCCAUCUCCAAUCUCUUCGCAUUGGCCUUCCGAGACAGCGCACCUACUGUGUAUGUGCUACGAGCGUGUGACUCAACAUGGCCCGUGUCCAGUAUUCCACUAAGCCUCCUCGGUCCGAAGAUGAUCGAAUGGACGACCUACAAGCAAUCAAGGGGUGGAGAGCUGGUUGAAGCCGAUAAUUUUGCCGCUGCGGCGAUAUGGUUUCCGCCCGGUGCUGACUUACCCGCAAGUGCAAACGACGAUGAAAGGCUCGUCGAAUACAGAGCAAUGGCCGGCAAAGCCAAGAAAGAGUAUCUUGGAGACAGAAAGUACUGGUAUUUAAACAUGAUCGCAAGACAUCCAGAAAGAAAGGAUCCAGGGGUCAUUCGUGCUCUCUUUGAGCCUUAUAUUGCACGCGCCAAAGAGGACGGUGUACCGAUCUGGCUGGAGGCUGUUACCGAGCACAGCAAGCAAGUCUAUGAGCAUUUAGGCUUCCGUACAGUGGCAACUCUGCGCAUGGGGCCAGGAAAGGCUUCUCCGGAUGGCGAGUUACAGGAUGGCGGAGAGGGAAUUCCGAUUUAUGCAAUGAUCUUGGAGUAA